GGGCGGGACGAGCUUUUCCACCCAGCAGCGGCUUUGGCAGCCUCCCGGUGACCGCGCAGGCACCGCCUGGAAUGGUCCUCGCCGUCCGGCGCCCGGGAGGAGCCAGAGCCCGGCACGGCCCCGCGGCACCGCCCGCACCCGGCACCGGCCACAGCGGAUGCUCCCCGCCCUGCACCCGCCCGGCCGGAGGGGCACGGCCUGACCUCACGGCCUGGAGAUGGCGCCGAGCAGGAGGUUCAGAGCGGACGAGCGUGGUUAUGCCCAGCCCGGGGACCUGAUCGAGAUCUUGCGGCCAGCUUACCAGCACUGGGCCCUCUACCUGGGGGACGGGUACAUCAUCAACGUGACGCCCGUAGAUGAUGGGGCCCCGGGCACGAUGAGCAGCGCCAAGUCAGUGUUCAGCAGAAAGGCCAGGGUGAGGAUGCAGCUCCUGAAGGACGUGGUGGGAGAAGACACCUACCGCAUCAACAACAAGUAUGACAGCUCCUACACUCCCCUCCCGGUGGAGGACAUCAUCCGGCGUGCAGCAUCCUACAUUGACGAGGAGGUGCCCUAUGACGUGCUUGCCAGCAACUGCGAGCACUUUGUGACAAUGCUCCGCUAUGGCGAGGGGGUCUCCAGUCAGGAACGCAAAGCCAGGGUCCCUGCAGUGCCAUGGGUGAAGUACCUGGAGGAUGAGCUGUGCGGCACCUGUGCCCCAUCUGCAAAUAUACAGAGCUCUACUAUUUCCUUGCCACCAAGCUGCUGUGUGACUAGUCUUAGAAGAAAACUGUGAUUUAUUAGAUUUUACUUGGAAUAUCUGGCUUGCGAGUUGUUAACCAUGUUAUUUGCAGACUGCAUAUGAGAAAUUAAAUCCUGUGUUGCUUUCACCAUGUGCAACUGCCUGGACUGUAAGAACAGAUGAGAGCAAAAAAAGCUGUCUGUAAGAGGCUUGCUAUUUUUGUCUGCUCUUAACAUGUACAUAACUGGAUCAGAAGCUUUUUUUAAACAUCAGUUAUCUUUGUUAUUUUAAAACUGAGACAAGACUUCUGGUCCUAUUUUGUAGUGCCUUUUCUUACUAUAUUUAAAUAAAGUUCUUCUAUUUAAUAUGGGAAAACUAUUAUAAUAAAACUGAAUCUGAAAGUCCUUUCUUGCU